CGUGACAGGAAAAACGUCGUGGUUGCGCUUGACGGCACGAGGGCAGGAAGAGCUUUAAAAGGGGAUAUUUUUCAUCAUGAAGCAGAAAAAGAAAGGAGAUCUCAGCCGCGCGGAGCUGAUGAUGAUGACCAUUGCUGAUGUCAUCAAGCAGCUGGUAGAGGCUCAUGAACAAGGCAAAGAUGUCAAUUUAAACAAGAUCAAAACUAAGACAGCUGCUAAAUAUGGGCUUUCAGCCCAGCCUCGCCUGGUUGACAUCAUUGCCGCUGUGCCACCGCAGUACCGUCGAGUGCUGGUUCCCAAGUUGAAGGCAAAGCCUAUCCGGACAGCGAGCGGGAUUGCUGUUGUGGCCGUCAUGUGCAAACCCCACAGGUGUCCGCACAUCAACUUUACAGGAAACAUAUGCGUAUACUGUCCAGGAGGUCCUGAUUCUGACUUUGAAUAUUCAACUCAGUCAUAUACUGGAUACGAGCCAACUUCAAUGAGGGCCAUUCGUGCCAGGUAUGAUCCCUAUCUCCAAACCAGACAUCGAGUUGAACAGCUGAAACAGUUGGGUCACAGUGUGGACAAAGUAGAGUUCAUUGUGAUGGGUGGAACAUUCAUGGCACUUUCAGAAGAGUACAGGGACUACUUCAUCCGUAACUUGCAUGAUGCACUGUCAGGCCAUACUUCAAACAACGUGGCGGAAGCUGUCCGAUACUCUGAGCGAAGCCAUACAAAAUGCAUCGGGAUUACUAUAGAGACCAGACCGGAUUAUUGCUUGAAACGGCAUCUGAGCGACAUGUUGUCUUACGGAUGCACAAGGCUGGAGAUUGGUGUGCAGAGUGUUUACGAGGAUGUGGCAAGAGAUACUAACAGGGGUCACACGGUGAAGGCUGUCUGUGAAUCGUUCCACUUAGCCAAAGACACCGGGUUCAAGGUGGUGGCGCACAUGAUGCCAGAUCUGCCCAACAUGGGACUGGAAAGAGACAUUGCCCAGUUUGUGGAAUUUUUCGAGAACCCCGCCUUUCGCCCAGAUGGCAUGAAGCUGUACCCAACUCUCGUCAUCCGUGGCACAGGUCUGUACGAGCUCUGGAAAACAGGACGGUACAAGAGUUAUCCUCCAAGCACCCUCGUGGAUUUAGUGGCAAGAAUCCUGGCCCUUGUGCCCCCGUGGACUCGAGUAUAUAGAGUACAAAGGGAUAUCCCAAUGCCGUUAGUCAGUUCUGGUGUGGAGCACGGUAACUUGAGAGAACUGGCAUUGGCCAGAAUGAAGGACUUGGGGACAGAGUGCCGUGAUGUGAGGACAAGAGAAGUUGGGAUACAAGAAAUUCAUCACAAAGUGAGACCCUAUCAGGUAGAACUUAUCCGGAGAGAUUACGUGGCCAAUGGCGGGUGGGAGACUUUCCUCUCGUAUGAGGAUCCCGAGCAAGAUAUCCUGAUCGGCCUCCUGCGUUUGCGGAAGUGUUCAGAGGAGACAUUCAGAGUGGAGCUGAAGGGAGGUGUCUCCAUCGUCCGAGAGCUCCAUGUCUAUGGGAGUGUGGUCCCCGUCAGCAGCCGAGACCCCUCCAAAUUCCAGCACCAGGGAUUUGGGAUGCUGCUUAUGGAGGAGGCAGAAAGAAUAGCCAAGGAAGAGCACGGAUCGUGGAAGAUUGCCGUUAUUUCAGGUGUUGGAACCAGGGAUUACUACCGGAAGAUUGGCUAUGAGUUGGAAGGACCCUAUAUGGUGAAGCGAUUGGACUAAGGGGCUGGGCACUGGAUGCCAGAGACACCGGAGAGAUGUCGACGUGGAGAAGAAACAGACACCGUCCUGCCACAAAAUGGGAAGAGUGCAUAGAAAUAGAUGAGCCAAACUGGUCAACAACAAAGGAUUACAUUUUCUCUGCGUUUCAAGCAAACAAGUCCUUAGGGCUCCUCUAACUUAUAAGGAUUUCCGCACAUUUGUCUUGUGGAUAUUUGCAAACUAGUGUGAGUUCUGGAAACGUGGCCAUGCAAGCAGUCUUGGCUAAUCCACUACUCCAGCUGCAUUGGGACUACAACUCCCACCAUCCCCAACCAGCAUAUACUGCAGAAUUAAUGCACUUUGAUACCAUUUUCACUGUCACGAUUCUGUCCUGAGAUUUGCAGUUUUGUUGUGUCCCCAGAGUUAUCUGACAGAGAAGGCUAAGUAGCUUGCAAAACUGCAAAUCCCAAAAUUCAGUAGCAUUGAAUGAUGGGAGUUAAAGUGGUGUCAGACUGUAUUAAUUCUGCAAUGCAGAUGCAGCCAGUGAUAUCCAGGUUUUGGCUAGCUUUCAAGAGCUCUUCCAUGUACUCAACUCUGUCCUUGGCAAAGGUUCACCACCUUUAAAACAUUUGAAAGCCUGGAUUCACCAUCCCACUGACCUGGAUGUCACCAGCCACUGCAAGUCCUGUCAUCCACACCCUUGUUGGAAGGCUUCCUAGCAACCGCCUGCCUUCUUUCUAGGGUGGAGACUUCACAUCUUUUCCUUUUUAAAAAGGAUUAUCCUAGGUUCUAGCAGUUUGGUUCCUUUCUCUCAACACCUUAAAAGAGUUGUGCUGGCAGAUGACAGUCAGGUUCUCCUGCAGCAGCAGAGGAACAUGUCAAACUCUGAGUAUGGAGUGCUUCUAGAACAUUUCCUCUGGUGUUCCAAAGAGACAAAUGACCUAAACAGUUCCCCAAAAUAAACAUCUUUAUUUCAAUGAAGGUGUUUCCAUAGUGUUUGCCAAGAGCUGUUUUUGCUUAGACACCCCUCUUUUCAUUUAUAAUGGUCUUAAACUGAGUUGCAAGAGAUUAUCCUGAGAAAUUUAAUAUAAGCCUUUCUUCGUUUGCAAACCUCACUAAGCUAUCCAGAGCCUUUUUGGGCUUAGGGGCAAAGGCUGACCUUUUCAGGCAAAGAACCAGCCCAGGAACGCAGAGGAAUAAGGACAGGUUUUCAAACCAGGCAUCACUCCUGCAACCUGUAUUUGGGUAACAAGCAAUAAAACAUGUUUUACACUA